AUGGUACACGAAUCUUUGAGAGUAUACAUAACACCUGAUACAUAUACACUUGUUCCAGUCUAUUUGGAUCCAUCUUCUCCAACUCGUUCGUUGGUAAUAAACAGAGAUACUGGCUCCUUUGUAUUGAAUCAUAAUGGAACAGACUCUGUCCCUCUUCUUACGACCCUCACUGUAUAUGGAAUCUUUGGUGUAAUCAGACUUUUAGCUGGUGAAUAUCUCAUUGCGAUCACCGAGAGAGAACGAGUCGGUAGGUUAGGUGGUCAUGACAUUUUUCAAGCAAGACAGUAUUCGCUGACUCCUAUCGCAAAGGAUUUUCGACAUUUAACGGAAUCUGAGGCAGAUGACCGGUUUUUUUGGAAUCGACACUUGCAAUCAAAACUUGUCGAUAUCACUCUGAAUAACCCCGAUCAAGAUCUAAGCGACUUUAUAUUACCAGUCGUAUUCGGCUUUGUUUCCAUUCACCAAACGAGCAUAAAAUCCCGCCCAACGAACUUUGCUCUUAUUUCUCGUCGCAGUAGAUUCCGUAAUGGAACUCGGUUCUUUUCUCGGGGUGUGGAUCGCGAUGGUAAUGCCUCGAACUACGUUGAAACAGAGCAAAUUGUCGAAGUGGAUCCUCUGGAAGAUAGAUACGAGUUCGAGGGGAAGGUGAAACUAUCUUAUGUUCAGACGCGAGGAUCCAUACCUAUAUAUUGGGCACAGAUUAAUAACAUCAAGUAUACUCCAAAGCUGAUAAUUAUGGAGUUGCCGGACACGUUCAUAUGUGAAGAUAUCUUCAGCUUGCAAGCAGCCCGCCGUCAUUUUGAUGAACAAUCUAAAUAUUAUGGGAAAACUAUAGUCGUCAACCUGGUCAAUAAGAGGGGCUAUGAAUUUCCAAUUUGCGAAGCGUUUAAGAACACCGUUUAUCGAUUGGGUGACCCUCGGCUGUCAUAUUAUUACUUUGACUUCCAUCACGAAUGUCGUAAUAUGAGAUGGGAUAGAAUUCAAAUUUUAAUUGACCAAAUAGAAAAUGAGCUUUUGCAACAGGGCUAUUUCCAUGCGGAAGGUUCUCAAAUAUGCAAAACGCAGACAUCAGUUGUUCGUACAAACUGUAUGGAUUGCUUGGACCGUACAAAUGUGGUACAAUCUACAAUUGCAAAGUGGGUAUUAACUCAACAGUUGAGAGCUAUCGGGGUUUUAAGUAACAAAGAACGCAUCGACGAGGUAUUAGAGUUCAUGCAUCUGUUCAGAAAUACUUGGGCCGAUAAUGCCGACGUUGUAAGCCUUGCUUAUUCUGGUACGGGAGCAUUGAAAACAGACUUCACUCGUACUGGAAAGCGGACGAAAGAGGGUAUGUUGCAGGAUUUUCAAAAUUCUGUUUCUAGGUACAUAACUAAUAAUUUCCUGGAUGGCUCGCGUCAGGAUGCAUAUGAUUUACUGACAGGAAAUUAUGAAGUGAAGUUUAGAGCAAUGUCGCCAUUUGUUGACCAGAGAGCGGUUCAUAUUAGACUGGCGCCACAAGUUCUGUCGGUCUCGACUAUCUUGAUUCUUUUAAUAUUUUUGAUACCUCAUUCACCAGAAUACGUAACCCUCAUUAGACUUGUGACAUUCGCGUUCCUGGCUGUCAUUGUGUUUCUUGUACGUUUCAUCGUUAACAAUGGAAGUGAGUAUGUAGGUUGGCCAUCACUGGUGCCGCGUGAAUACAGAUACUUCAGAACUCCGGCCACAAAGAACUGGGGAAUGUCGCAGACCGAGUUGUCAAAUGGAGAAAAAUUUGAUUGA